CCAAAGAAUAGUGUAUAAAAAGAGAAAUGAGUGUUAUUGCAGAAAAUAAAUAUUACACCCUCGAGGAAAUAUCUAGGCACGACGGAAAACAAGAUACCAGAGUUUGGAUAAUUAUCAAAGAUAUAGUAUACGACGUUACUGACUACUUAGAUGAACAUCCAGGAGGAGGUGAAUUGAUAACGGAAUGGGCAGGAAAGGAUGCUACAAAAGAAUUUGACGAUUUUGGACACUCACUCGAUGCUAAAAAGGAUCUAAAGAAAUACCGUAUAGGUGAAGUCGUAGAAGAGCAACGCAAGAAGAAAACUAAAACAGAUGACAAGAAAUUAAUAACAGUACCGAAAAAUCAGAAAAUGUUAGAUUCAUCAAAUUUCAGGUAUCGCAAGAGCUGCAUUUCAAUUAUAACUUGUGGAAUAUUGACGUGACUAUAAACAUUAGCUAGAGCUAUUAGAAAAAGAAUCAUCUUUUGUAUUGUGAUAAUCUAUUCAUAUUUAUAUAUUUUAAUGUUAUUACAUAUUAACUAACUAAAAUAGUUUAGAGUGUGUGAUAACUGUCUAUAAUUCUUUAGUGAAAUGAGAGAAAUAUGCUUGAUUAAGGCAGUUUGUAUUCUGAUACAAGAUUUUGACUAUAGUGUAAGCUGGGUAUUCGAAUAAAAUACGAUAGAGAAAUUCUUGUAGUACUGUUAUUUCUCGUUGAUGUUAAUACAAGUUUGUAAUAGUUCAAAA